GCCAAAGAAAAGUCUAAUCUAUACAAUUAGAAACAUCACGUGUAAUGUACUGUAGCUUUAAAUUUUUUGCUUGUAUAUAUGAACAAUCCUCUUUAAGAUCGAUUUGUUCAUAAUUAGCUUAUAAUUAUAAUUAAUAACAUAAAGGUUACUUUGUUUGCUCUUUUUAGGAAGAUACAGUUUUCUUCCUUUAUUUCCAAAAAUAUAUAGUUUCUAGUAUUCUUUCUUUAGCAAAAUCUAUAUUCUUAUAUAGCUACUAAUAAUCAUUAGCCUCUAUCUCAAAAGUUUAUCCUAUUCAACUUUUUCUACUUUCAUUCUAUUCUAUUUUGAGCUAUAAAAAGGUUAAAUAAUGACCUUAGAAGCUGUGGUUUUUCCUCAAGAUAUACUUUGCAAAGAUUACUUGUACUCUUUAGUUGAAAUUGACACAAAUAAAAGUGAAGGAUCUUGUAGCCACAACAACUAUGGCUGCCAAACAAAUGAAGACCUUUUUGGAAUCAUCAACAAUAACAUAAACCAAAAUAUCUAUGCAAAUUGGGAUUCUUCUUCUCCUUCUAUGAUGCAAAAUGGUAAAGACCAAUGGGAUUCAAACUCUUCCCUUGAAACUUCCAAUCUUCCACCAUUCGACGUGGAAGCCACCACUACAAGUCGUCGACGCAAACGACGCCGCGCUACAAGCCCAAAGAAGGAGGAGGAAAUUGAGAGCCAGAGGAUGACUCACAUUGCUGUCGAGCGUAACAGAAGGAAACAAAUGAAUGAGUAUCUAGCUGUCCUUAGAUCCAUGAUGCCGCGAUCUUAUGCGAAAAGGGGUGAUCAAGCAUCCAUAGUUGGAGGCGCAAUAAACUUCUUGAAGGAGCUAGAGCAACAUCUACAAUCCAUGAAAGGACAAAAGAAAAUAAACCAAAAACAGCAUGAAUAUGGUUAUGGUUCAUCAUCAUCACCCUUUGCUGAGUUCUUCAUGUUCCCUCAGUACUCAACAUGUGAUGAACCUCAGAACAACACGUGCUACCCUGCCAACCAGAUGAAUCAGUCACGUGCCAUGGCAGAUAUAGAAGUGAGUUUGGUUGAUAGCCAUGCUAAUAUAAAGAUAAUGUUGAAGAAACGACAAGGACAGGUUAUGAAGAUGGUUGUUGGGCUACAAAACCUUGGCUUCAACAUUCUACACCUUAAUGUUUCUACUGUGGAUGAUUUUGUCCUUGUCUCGGUUAGUGUCAAGGUAGAGGAAGGGUGUCAACUGAACACGGUGGAUGAUAUUGCAACUGCUGUGAAUCAACUAUCAUGCAGAAUCCAUGUGGAAGCUAUACUUUGAGCUGAAUUAUUAAACAUGAAAAUAUUAUUACAACCACGUCCUAAUAAAUAAUAAUAUCAAUUGUGCAAAACUACUUUAAUAGUAUCCUAUAUUGAUGUGUGCAGGGUGUACCAUCAAGUCAUAUUUGGACAUAUAUUAUUAUAUUAUAUUGCUGAGCUGAAUAAUUCUAAUUAUAGGUUCAUAAAAGUAUUUAAUAUUAAAAAUUAUUAAAUACUAUUUAUGAAUCUAUCAUAAUUGUUCACUUCAACAAAUAUACCAAAAUAUGUACCAAAAAAUUCCAAUUAAUUGUAUAUUAUCUUUGUAUGUUUUCUUAUGUUUUUCUCACGGCAUCUACAAAUUAUGGAGAAAACAGAAAGUUGGAACUUGGAAGGGACACCACUUUGUUGUGAGGUCCCUACUCCAAAUGUGUAUCAAAUAUCAAUUUGUUAUUAUUUAAAAUUAAGUUUUUUUUUAUGCAA